GAGGAAGCAGAGAGACUCACGCAGCGCCUGGAGGAGGGAGAGCAGGAGCUGCAGCCGGCCGAGAGCCAGCCCUGGCACGAGCGGGACAAGGAGGUGGCCCUGCUGCGGAGGAGCGUGGCUGAGAAGGAGCGGGCCCGGGCCGCCAGCGACGUGCUGUGCCGUUCCCUGGCCGGCGAGACGCAGCAGCUGCGCAGGACGCUGGCCGCCACUGCCCACAUGUGCCAGCACCUGGCCCGGCGUCUGGAGGAGCAGCUGCGUGCACAGGGGCCGGGGAGGGACAAAGGCCUGGACGAGCCAGAGCGGACAGGUGGGGACGCUGCUGUGCAGGCUGCCGUCGAGAAGUUACAGGAAGAAAACCUCCUGCUGAAGCAGAAGGUGGCCCACGUGGAAGACCUCAAUGCCAAGUGGCAGCGCUAUGACGCCAGCCGGGAUGAGUAUGUGAGGGGGCUCCAGGUGCGGCUGCGCGGACUGCAGGAGCCCCAGGAGCCGGAGCUGAUGAGGAAGGAGAUCUCCCGGCUCAACCACCAGCUGGAGGCCAGGAUGCGCGACUGUGCGGAGGCUGAGCGGGCGCUGGCGGCCGCGAGGACAGCCCAGGAUGCCACCCUGGAGCGAGUGCAGAUGUUGGAGCAGCAGAUCCUGGCGUACAAGGAUGACUUCACGUCGGAAAGGGCAGAUCGGGAGCGGGCUCAAAGCAGGAUUCAGGAGCUGGAGGAGAGGCUGGCCUUGCUCCUGCAGGCCGCCCAGGGACAGGAUCCCCGAGAGCCAGGUGCCAGCCGGAUCCAUGCUGGGAGCAAGACAGCCACGUACUUAGAGACCGACGCGCUGGGACUCGCAGCGCCAGACGGCCGGGGGCUGGGGCCCAGGUCUCCACGGCCACAAGCCCCCAAGGAGGGUGGGUGCCCAAGCGCAGCCCCGAGAGGACAGGGCGACCUCCAGUGCCCGCACUGCCUGCGCUGCUUCGGAGAUGAGCAAGGCGAGGAGCUCCUUGGGCACGUGGCUGAGUGCUGCCAGUGAGCAGGGCUGCCGGGCCGCCCCGCCU